AUGGCACGAAAGGGGGCAUCAAAAGGGGCCGACGCAGCGCCUGCGAGACUCGCCUCUCGUACUCUCGUCCUCGACAAUGGUGCACACACCAUCAAGGCCGGCUUCUCACCACUCACCACAGAUUCCGAACCGCACGCGGAUGCCGAGUGUCAUGUUGUUGCCAAUUGCAUCGCACGAUCUCAGCGCGACAAGCGGACGUACAUCGGCCCGGAGCUGCUAGAGGAAUGCUGGGACUUUGGAGAGCUCGCCUUUCGACGCCCGGUGGAGAAGGGGUUUGUCGUCAAUUGGGAGGGCGAGCAGGCAAUCUGGGAGAGGACGCUGUUGGACAAGCGAUCCCCUCUGCAGUGUGACCCGCACGAGAUGAACUUGAUAUUGACGGAAGCGCCAAAUGGGCCCUCUGUGUUACAAAGAAACAUGGACGAGAUGGUCUUCGAGGAGUUUGAGUUUGCCAGUUACUAUCGCACCAUUUCACCUGUACUCAAUGCCUAUGUUCCGCCGCCCUUUCCAUCCACCCCGGCACUUCCGUCGGGUACAGCUGCGGAAUGUCUACUGGUGGUCGAUGUUGGCCACUCUCAUACCACAACAACGCCGCUGCAUCAUGGCAGACCUCUUCACGCAGCUUGUCGCAGAUUGGAGAUCGGCGGCAAGACACUCACCAAUCGGCUCAAGGAGGUGCUGUCGCGCACUGUAGAGGUGCAGAAGGAAGACUGGAUCGUCCAAGAGAUCAAAGAGGACGUUUGCUUUAUCUCGCAGUCCUUUUCCUCCGACCUGGAGCGAGUGUGGAAAGGCGGACUCAAAGAUCCCAGAGAUGUCGACACUAGCAUCGUUGUGGACUACGUUCUCCCCGACUACGAAGCCAUCAAGCGCGGUUUCUCUCGGCCGCAUGACACGAAAGUCAGUCGCAAAGAUCGCGCCCUUGGCCUUCACGGCGGGCCUCGAGAGCAUAUCGUCACCAUCGCCAACGAGCGCUUCACCGUGCCAGAGCUGCUCUUCACACCCUCCGACAUUGGCAUGCAGCAAGAAGGCGUUGCCGGGACAAUCUUACAGUCCAUCUAUAGCCUGCCCCAAGGUCUGUGGCAGCCCUUCCUGGCCAACAUUUUGGUGGUUGGCGGAAGUAGCAAGUUUCCCGGUUUUUUGGAGCGGCUGAGAUCCGAGAUGGAAUCGCGGGUCAGCGAGGAAUAUCUCGUCCGCGUGGCCCAAGCUGAAGAUCCGUUGAAGAACGUGUGGGCCGGAGGUGCACGCCUCGCCCGCAGCAAGGAUGCCCUCUCGCCUCUUGUGGUGACGAGACAGGAGUAUCUCGAGCACGGUGAUGUUUGGACACGCCGCAAAUUCGCUGGCAAAGUCUAG